GUUUCGGAGUACAUAAAUCACCUUUAUGUGGCCACCUUUAUGACUAAUUCUUAAUCAUUCAGUAUCUUAUCACGGAGUAACGUUAUCUUUCGUCAACUACGAUAUGAGUGAAUCUGUUCACACUCACGAGGAUACAUUAGAAGAAAAGUUGUACAAAAAUAGUAGACUUUAAAAAAAAUGUACCGUUGUUUUCUUAUUGCAGUCGUGAUUCUUUUCACAACUGCGUUUUGUGAUGCUUUAAGUGUAAAUAGUGGAAGUGUAAGUAGUCCUAAUGAUACAUCUACUUCUGGAGAUACCCCAAAACUUCACAUUUGUGAUAUUUGUCAGUGUACAGCUGACACAGUAAACUGUUCCGGUCGUCAAUUAGGCCAUCACUUUGAGAACAGUUUGUGGCCUGUAACUCCAUUGCAGCUCGUAACUUUUGAAGACAAUUCUAUUGUGCACCUCAAACCUUUCCCUAAUGUCACCAUCAAUAAACUAAUCCUGCGUUACAAUAAAAUUAAUAAAAUUGAUGAUAAAAUUUUCAAGGAAAUACGAAAUUUAUCUCAAAUUGAUUUAAGCCAUAAUCUUAUUUCUUCUGAUGUACUUAAACCAGAAACUUUUCAGGGAAGUUUUUCAGAAACAGAGUGGAAUCCACUACCAAAUUUAAAAGUACUAAAUCUGGGACAUAAUGAACUUCACUCUUUGAAUCAAGAUUUAUUUGUUCACAUACGUGAUCUAGAAGUUUUAAUACUCAACGGCAAUCCUCUUCAAGUUAUUGAUCAUCCUACUUUGAGUGCAUUGAGCAGUCUAACUUAUCUGAAAGAACUUUGUCUUGAAUCCUGUGGUCUUGAUUCGCUUCCACAUUAUAUGCUUCAUACCCAUAAACCAUUCUUAAAAAAAUUGUAUCUAAAUGGUAAUCGAUUUUCAUCUAUACCUACUACGUUAGAAGAAGCUACUGCAUUGGAAUAUUUAAAUCUUGAUGAAAAUCCUUUUGUCAUUAUUGAUCAAUCAAAUGGAUUUCCUAAACUUCCAGCACUUAAACAGCUUAGAAUAUGUUCUACACAAGACUUGAUUGAAAUUGGUCCUGGUGCCUUCUCUAAAUUGAUUUCACUCGAAGAAUUGUAUUUAUGUAAUAAUCCAAGACUGAAACACAUUGAUGAAGAUGCUCUUGUUUUUCACGGUCCCAAUGGUGCAAUUUGGCCACCGAUAAAAAAGCUUGACAUCUCCAACAAUGCUUUGAAAUACCUUCCAGCGAAUCUGCUUCUAGGACGUUGGGGCAAGUUGGAAAAAUUAUCUCUCACCAAUAACGACUGGUCUUGUGACUGUGAAAAUCAAUAUUUGAUAGGAACACUUAUUCCAAACCUCGGCAAAACUUUAAUGCCGGACGAUUUGGGUAAAUUAUUCUGCUCAGCUCCUCCAGAGCAUGCUGGUAAAAAUCUGACAUCAUUAAGCCACAGAAAAUUACGAUGCCUUGACCUUUAUGGAGCACGUCCUGAACGUGAUGCUGCUAUUCUCGUUGGUGUUUUAAUCGGUCUUCUACUUGCUCUUCCUCUUGGGCUUAUUCUCUUUCUACUUUGGAGACGAGGAUUUUUCUUUUGUGGCCCACAAACUCCUGCUAGCUUUUCAAGAGCUUUUUACAAACGAACUGCUAAUGAUGAGAGCUAAAAUAGUCAAUUUUUUAAUAUAUUAAAUUUAAUAUA